GCAUCGCAAACGGAAGGUGGUAGUCGCUGCCGGAGCUUGUUUGAAACUGGUGGUCGGGCCGGGCGGAGUGGGUGUGUAGCGGAGGACCCGCCGGAGGGCUAGGCCGUUCCUGAGCGCCCCGGUCCCGCCGCCUCUCGGACCCGCUGACCCCAGCCGGGCUCCCCGCCCGUCCCGUGCCCCAGCCCGCCGCCUCUCCGGCCGGCUCUGCGGCCCAGCCGCCACCAUGUCCCUGCACGGCAAACGGAAGGAGAUCUACAAAUAUGAAGCGCCCUGGACUGUCUACGCCAUGAACUGGAGCGUGCGGCCCGACAAGCGCUUUCGCCUGGCGCUGGGCAGCUUCGUGGAGGAGUACAACAACAAGGUUCAGCUUGUUGGUUUAGAUGAAGAGAGUUCAGAGUUUAUUUGCCGAAACACCUUUGACCACCCAUACCCCACCACAAAGCUCAUGUGGAUUCCUGACACAAAAGGCGUCUAUCCAGACCUUCUGGCGACAAGUGGUGACUAUCUCCGUGUGUGGAGGGUUGGUGAAACAGAGACCAGGCUGGAGUGCUUGCUGAACAAUAACAAGAACUCAGACUUCUGUGCUCCCCUCACCUCCUUUGACUGGAACGAGGUGGAUCCUUAUCUUUUAGGUACCUCAAGCAUUGACACAACCUGCACCAUCUGGGGACUAGAGACCGGGCAGGUGCUGGGACGAGUGAAUCUCGUGUCUGGCCAUGUGAAGACCCAGCUAAUUGCCCAUGACAAAGAGGUCUAUGAUAUUGCGUUCAGCCGAGCUGGAGGUGGCAGGGACAUGUUCGCCUCUGUGGGUGCGGAUGGCUCUGUGAGGAUGUUUGACCUCCGUCAUCUGGAGCACAGCACCAUCAUUUACGAAGACCCUCAGCAUCACCCACUGCUUCGCCUCUGCUGGAACAAGCAGGACCCUAACUACCUUGCCACGAUGGCCAUGGAUGGAAUGGAGGUGGUGAUCCUGGAUGUUCGAGUUCCCUGCACACCUGUCGCCAGGCUAAACAACCACCGAGCAUGUGUCAAUGGCAUCGCUUGGGCCCCACAUUCAUCCUGCCACAUCUGCACUGCAGCGGAUGACCAUCAGGCUCUCAUCUGGGACAUCCAACAGAUGCCUCGGGCCAUCGAGGACCCUAUCCUGGCCUACACAGCUGAAGGAGAGAUCAACAAUGUGCAGUGGGCCUCAACUCAGCCUGACUGGAUUGCCAUCUGCUAUAACAACUGCCUGGAGAUACUCCGUGUGUAGUCUUGGCGGCACCUCACCUACCAGGCCAGGGCUUGUGUGUUUCAGCCUCUGCCCCUUUCCCUCCCCACGUAAGAAGAACAUGUUUCCAGUGGCCAGUAUGUCUAUUGUUGCUUUACACCCACUGUGUCCAGAAGCUGCUGUAGGAGUCCAGGCCGGUUGCCCCUCGCUAUCUGUGCAGGACUGUGCUGUGUGGUGCACCGCAAGCCCAGGGCUGGGUUUUGCAAUUUCUCUCCUUUCCUCUUCUUUGCUUCUUCAAUUAAACAUUUCUGUAUAUCUGUUUGUCAGCUGUUGUGUUCAUGAACAGUAUAAGCACUGGCUCUGUCUGUGUCCCUUGCCCCGUGUCUGUGUUUACUGCCUGAGGCAGUAGUCCGUGUCUUGUCCCCAUCCGUGUCCAUGCUAGCACUUAAGUGGGAACAAAUGCCAAUUUCAAAUUGUCUUUCCUCCUCCUGGUAUCAGUGUCUUAACAAACCUCAACUUUGUAUAUUUUUAUCUAUCAGGCUGAUUUUUUUAUGAAAAGAAUUUACUUUUCCUGGUUUCUUGGUUUCACAGUCCUCCCUCUUGGUACCUUCCUCUCCUCUCUCAGUGCCUGCAGUGGCACUGGACCCCGGGCCCCAAGAGCAGUUUGCCUUCCUGAGGCACUGCCUGCGUGGCACACCUGACCGGGAGUUCAGAACUGCGAGGUGCUCUAGAGGCUUCUGACUCACACCUUUCUCAGUCUGGGUCUCUUGAAGGCCUGGCAGGCCCAGGACAGACAUAGGAAACCUCCUGUUCCACCCUCAAGUUCCUCUCUCUGGCUUCACUAAUGAGGACCCUGUGGAGCAGACAUAAGCAGUUGACUAGGGGCCAGGCUGAGGGAGAACGCUUCAGGAAAGCUGUAUGUUGUGUUUCCAGUACCUGGUUUCAGAAUCUAUUUUUCCAUUUUAGAACUUGAAUGGUAGGCAAGAAAGAUCUCUAAGCUAAGCUUUGGCAUCUCUGUUGAGUUUCUUCUGCCUGGUGGGAUACUGGCCCAUCCCUGGAUGAGAGACUCCUGACCCUAAACAAGAUCUUGAGGUUGAGAUAGACGGACAAUUCUCAUAAAGGAUGGACUGAUCAGUUGUGGUGAUCCCAGGGCCAGCCAGCUAAGAUUGUCUACCCCUGGGCACUGGCCCUCACCUCAGUCUAGGUUCUGAGCAGUAUUGGACUUGGUAGCCUACAGUUGGCCAUGCUGACUUUCAGGCCUCAGGUGACUGUUUCCGUUACAUGAAUGGGUUCCAUGGAGGGGACUUGUAUGGUUCUGAUUUUAGAUGAGUCCCUGGCAGUGUAGGACAUGCUCUGGGGAGAGUUUGCCUGGCUCAUUUUCUGCUGAGCUACCUGAAGGUUUCUUAGAUUCUGUGACAUGAGGAGAGUAGUAGGCCUGAAAUCUGAUGGGUUUGCCCCUUAGCUGUCAUUGCUGGAGAAGUAAAUGUAAACUCAUUGUUUUGACACCUGGACUCUCUGGCUGAGUCUUGGCUCGCUUCCUACAGCUGGUGCAGCUGUAUGCCGAAAGUCAUAGAUUGCUCACUGCAAAGAGGUUCGUCCCAAAGGAAAGGCAUUUUCAGUCAGGGUUUUUCCCCCGAGGCCUUUGUGGUUUGUCAUUCUGAUUUCUGGUCUCUGGCUGGCCAUCUGCUUGAGAUUAAUGUUCUUGUGCUAGCAUGUCCCUUUCCCUACCCUAUAUCAUUUGCAGGUAGAGAGCACGAUUUGUGGUUACCUCUGCUUUUAGUGGUGUGUGCUAGCUAGCACAGGGUCUUUGAGGGUAGCAUGCAAAGCUGUAAGAGCCCCCAGUUUCUUCCUGUGCUGAGUCUGCAGUGGAAGUCAGAGUGGUAGUGGGGCUGGCUGGGAAGGGCCUCUGUGUUCUGGGUGGACUUUAACCAGGGCUAAAUGAUGAGAUUUGUCAACUGGAACUUGAAAACAAAGUUUUUAAAAAGUAAAUAGUAGUUGCUAGAAUAAACUUGUAUGAGGUGCUUUGGAAACCAACCACCUGUGAGGAUUUUUCCUUGCUCUGUGGAUGCUUGUCAUCGUUCUUUAGCCUGCUUUCCCUGCCCUCCAUUUGGUCCAGGUAAGACUCUUGCCGUCUCCAUCUUCAAAUACGCAUGCACCCACAGUUGCAGGACCACGUUUUGAAGUGCCAGCUUUCUCACCUUCCCUUUCGAGCAUGGAUUGGUGGCCCUGUGACUGAAGAAGAGAUUUCUGUAGCCUUGAGAUACAGAAAGUCACUUAGUCUGCCAUGCUACCAGAAGCACAGGGCUAUUACAGUUUGGAGAGCUGGUCUUUGUCUAAGUUUGCCAGGUCUUAGACUGACAGGGAGGUGGGUGGGGGCCUCCAGACCCGUUCUGCUCCAGGUUCUGGUAUAGCUUCGGUGCUGUUUGGACUUGGCUUUGGCAUGCUAAGCUGGAGGCUCUGGCUGUGCUUCCGUGUGGAAGUUGCAUGCUCAGUCAGAUUAGCAGAGAGCUGAGCUGCUGAAUGGGUCUGAGGCCUUCAUGGACUUGAGCUUUUCCACAUAGGAGAUUGGAUCGCUCUCCUGGCCUGCAAGGUUAGGGCUUGAAGAGUGAUGACACCUGACAACUGGGUGAUAAUUUUCUAUCAAAAUCAGAAUUGGGUACAAUUCUGGCUACAAUAACUGGCUGCAAUUCGGGAAGAACAGGAAAAAAAAAUCAGAAUCCUACAGUGUUUUAAUUGUUACAGUUGAAAUUUGAUAUUUUAGGGUGUAGGAGAAAAUCACUUCUACGGAUCAGAAGAAAUACUGGAAAACACAGGGCCUGAGGGGAGGAACAUUGAGAGUGUCUCUCUCAUAGCUAUGAAGUAAGCCUGUACCUCAGCCUAGGUUGGCCUUCCAGUGCCAUUAAUCAAACAUGUGUGUCACUGGGUGACUAGGAAUGGCUAGGAAUGGGGUGACAGCUGGGGCAGAGAGCACCUUCCUACAGCAAGGCUGCUAUAGGUGAUGUCUGGUGGUUAAAUCUAAGUAUUGGGUGUCCCAUGACAGUACAUGAUGAUACUGUUUUUGUUUUAUUUUGUUUGAGACGGGGUCUUGCACUGUAGGCCAGGCUGUCCUUGCACUUAGAAUCCUCUUACUUCAGUCUCCCUGGGUGCUGGGAUCACAGGCAUGUGCCACUAUCCCCAGCGUCCAUGGUUCUUCUUGUAGAUCCCCUCUUCCUUUAUCUUCCCUUUGCCUUUUCAUCUUUCAUUGUGUGUGUGUGGAGGGGGGUCAAAUGCAGACCCUCACACAUGCUAGGCAAGUGUUCCACAAUUGAAUUACACCCCUAGCACCUCCUCUGUCAUUUUCCUUUUCUUCUCCUAUUGCCUUUCCUCUGUAGAAUGUUCUCCCAGAUGUAUCCUGAGCCCUAGAUUCCUAGGCUGUAAGGACAUGUAAGGACUCUGGAGUUUACCAAGCAUGGGUGAACAGUCCAGAACUUCCCCUAGCUGCCCCAUUUUGAAAAUAUGGCAGUUCCUUCAAUUGCCUGGCUUAGGAUAAAGAGUACAGUUGCUGUAGAGGCCUCAAAGCGCAUGUUUCCUUUAGAGCCUGUGUCAGGAUGAGGAAGGUGGGGCAUGCUUGGCAUUUAGCUUGCAUUUUCUGAGAGGAGAGCUGACCUGAGCAAUGUCACUAUGAACCCUGAGCCAGGCUUUCUCAGAGUUGUCCUCUCUGCUCUCGUGAGGCCAUAGCUGAGUGUCCCACCCAGCUACAUCCUCUCUUCCUCCCAUACUGUCAUUGCUGCUAAUGGUCAGAUUGUCAAGCAUGUGGCAUUAUGGGAUAGACAAGCUUCUUGGGCUGCUGUCUGAAUGUUACUUUUUAAAUAUGGAAACAUGCAGGAUGUCUUCUCCAAGAGGCUUGAACUAAUGUGCCAGCCAGAAACAAUAAGCUAAGGGAAGUUUGAACUCCAGAAGAAAGAUGUUGACAGUCUGGAAAAUGUGUGAGCACCCACCUUUGGGACAACUCAGUGAAGCUGAAUUGUGCUAUCGACUAUUGAAAGAAAUGUUCUCACCUUGGGCUGAUUGUGCUGUACAAUGUGUUAGAAAACUGUUGACCUGAAGCUUUGAAUUGCUUUAGUAAAAUGAGUCACUUGCUUUGGUCCCGUGUGUUUUAUUACCCCUCUGUCAGUGACUUUCCCUGCCCCACCCUGAGUGUGAAUUAUAGCAUGAUUGUACAAACCUCUGUAGAAAAUGGAGAUUUCUUGUUCUACAAAAUGUUAAGCUCUAACUGAUCCAUUUCUGUGCCCUUUAGCCUAUGUGUAUGAACUUACUUUCUUAAAUAUUUAAACUUCCCUUCUGUUCUAAAGCUUUUGUGCCAUCCCUUGUUCAGGUGGAGAGGAAGCUGCCCCUUUGCAGAACUGUACUGUAACCAUUUCUCCUUUAUAAAUAUUAUUUUCACAUGGCUGAUUGUAUACAGGGCUUGUAAUAAUUUUAACACUGUGCUGUGAAAGAGCUUAGGAUUCUCCACCAGAGGCGACUUGAGAAGCACCCGAGAGUGGAGUGUUCUUUCUGUGACUUUACUUCUUCCUACGUACAUUAAGUCUAUUCGUUCUGUUUCAGCCUCCUGUAUAAGAAGUACCGUAUUUUCUGCCCAUCAUACUUUGUAAUAAAACUUGAACAUGUAUAGACUGAAA